AUGGAGGUGUUGAAAGCAGCUCACAGAGAGGAGGUGGAGAAAGCAAGGAGGUCGUCUGCAGGGGCCGCACACAUGGACACAUCAUACAGGGGCCACAUGCCCCAAGUCUUGCACAGUGAGUUAGAUGUGCUAUCAGAGCGUUACUCUCAGAAGUGCCUGGAGCUGAACCGCACUGAGCAGAGCGGCAAGAGCCGAGAGACCGAGCUCGGCCGCAAGGAGAGAGAGCUGGAGCAGCUUCACAGAGAGAACCAGGAACUUAAGGCCAAACUAGCAGAAGAGAUCAGCCGCAUGCGUUACUUCAUCACAGGGCAGAGGUCGGACACUGUGUCUCUUGGCAGCACUGAGCGCACUGUGUCAGAGGUGGAGGUGCUGCUGAGAGCAAAAGAAAACGAGGUGCAGUAUCUUAAGAAAGAAAUCAGCUGUCUGCAGAAUGAAGUGCAGUCUCUCAACAAGGAAAAAGAAGCAGCUUAUGAGCAUUAUAAGGAGGCCUAUGUAGAGCUGAGUGACACGAGGGGUCGCAGCCAGCUGGAGAGGGGCUCGCUCAACGAACACUUGAGACUGGCCAACGCUGCAAUUCAGGAAGGAGCAAGACAGACCUGACCAAUGAGGACAGAUGUUUUAAAUGUACCUGGAAAAAUCCAAGCAAGCCAAUAACUAAUCUAACAACAUCUUUAAAUUAUAAUAAUGUGGGUUA